CGAAGUCGUCAGCAAAGUGUGACGGCGGCGCGGGGGGGUAAAAGUCACAAAAACUUUAAUGUGAAAGAAAAUCAACAAGGUUGUAAAUCAACUAACAAUGAGUAAACGACACGGAUUAUCGAAAGAGGAAAUUGCGAAGCAGUUUAUGCUGCCAGAGAGAAAAAGCAAAAUCGCUACGUUAUUGAAACAGGAUGGACAGGCUUAUUGCAUUUGCAGGAGCUCAGACAGCUCUCGUUUUAUGAUUGGAUGCGAUGCAUGCGAAGAAUGGUACCACGGCGACUGUAUCAACAUCACAGAACGUGAUGCAAAGUACAUAAAACAAUUUUUCUGUGUGAGGUGCAGAGAAGAAGAUCCGUCUCUGAUAACUCGUUACAAGCCCCGAAGGACCGAGCAGGACGAUCGAAAAUUGAAAAAAUACAAAGAAAAGGAGCGGACUCACCGACAUGAGCACGACGGUGCCUGGGAUACAACGAUAAUAAAAAAAUCCUCAAAACGAUGUGGCGAGUGUAUCGGCUGUCUGCGCACCGAGGAUUGCGGUAAAUGUGAUGCCUGCAGGGACCUGAAAAAAUUUGGCCCAUCAGUGAGAUUGAAACUGCGUUGCAUUCAGAAGACGUGCAGAACCGUGGGGAUUCCAUUGAAACCCUCCAAGAGUGUCAAUCGCAGUGACAAACCCAGCAAAAAAAGAAAAAGGGACUCUAGCAACGAGAGAAUCGAUUUUCUCGAACCUCCCCAGCAAUGUUAUGGACCAGCUUGUACGAAGCAAUCUCGUUUAGGCUCGAAAUAUUGCUCAGACGAUUGUGGAAUGAAACUUGCGACCAACCGAAUCUAUCAAGUUUUACCGCAAAGAAUUCACGAGUGGUCAUUGACAUCCUGUGUCGCUGAGAUGAACAACAGACGUGCCUUGGAAUCUGUCAGAAAACAGCAGCACGAAGUCCGGAGGAUCCUCCAGGAAUUGGAUAAACGGCAUAUGGAGCUCGAUCGCAUCGUCGAAAGGGCCAAGAAUGCAUCUAUUGAUCCCAGUUAUGAGGUGGAUGAGAAUGACGACACUGAGAUGAGCAUGUACUGCAUCACCUGUGGUCAUGAAAUUAAUUCACGCACGGCUAUCAAACACAUGGAGAAGUGCUUCAACAAAUACGAGUCCCAAGCGUCCUUUGGUUCUAUUUUCAAGACACGUAUCGAGGGUCAAGUUAUGUUCUGCGAUUUUUAUAAUCCCGUUAAUCGUACUUAUUGCAAGCGCCUUCGUGUUCUGUGUCCUGAGCACUGUAAGGAUCCAAAAGUCAGUGAUACGGAAGUUUGUGGCUGUCCUCUCGUUACCAAUGUCUUCGACACCACUGGGGAUUUUUGCCGAGCCCCGAAAAAACACUGUUUAAAACACUACGUCUGGGAAAAAUUGAGACGAGCUGAGAUAGAUAUGGAGAGAGUGAGGCAGUGGUUGAAGAUUGAUGAACUUGUGGAGCAAGAGCGACAGAUAAGAGCGAGCAUGGCCAAUCGAGCGGGGGUUCUUGCAUUGAUGUUGCACUCGACUUACAACCAUGAAUUGAUGGAACAAAUGACUCAGGAACAGAAUAGAGAGCACGUCAAGGCUAAUGAAGAAGAACUGCAGAGACGAUCGAGGCAACUUCGCUUAGAAAUGGAUAAACAUAUUCAGUGAUCAUUUUUUUCAUGCGCAAUCAUUUAAUAAACUAAUAAUUCAUUGAA